AUGAACGUUACUAGACACAGUCUGAAGCUGUCCAAGAAUACCNCUCGAUUUCCGGGUCAGAUCCAUGCUAUUUGGCAGGCCUCACGACACCAAUCGUCUCUAGUUUCCAGACAUACAAAUGCCUCUUUCGUGGACGAUCAAAAGCGUCAGCCGUCCCAACUACAUCGCAUCUCAACCGUGAAUCUCGUCCGGGGCAUCGUCCUUGGGAAGGUAUUUACAUCGCCUUUCCUGUUCAAAUAUGGCGUGGCAUGCCUGUCAAAGAUAGCAAACUCCCGAUCAGCGAUCCUGGAUCCAGACAAGAAUACCUUGUUAUGUGCUCUGAUCAAACCAAUGAUAUACGAUCACUUCUGUGCCGGCACAAACAAGCUCGAGAUAAAGGGCACUCUGAGUUACCUCAAGAACAUGGGCUUCAGAGGCGUCAUUCUUAUCUACUCGAGAGAGAUACCCGCGAUGCCAGUAGAAGAACUGCAUGACCUAGAACCACUGACUCAAGACGAAGAUAUUGAUAUAUGGCGAGAUGGAAACGUAAGGACGUUGGAUAUGGUCGAGCCGGGCGACUACGUGGGCAUAAAAUUUACAGGUGCAGGACCUCGAGUUGCACAAGCACUAGCACAGGACAGAGAUCCACCACAGCAACUUCUCGAUGCCAUGUACGCCAUCUGCGAACGUGCCGCUGCACAGGGUAGUCGAGUGUGGAUUGAUGCCGAGCAGCAAGUCUUUCAAUCCACAAUCGACCGCUGGACCGUCGACAUGAUGAGACGUUUUAACACAAACGGUGAAGCUCUCGUGUCACUGACACUACAAGCCUAUCUCAAGUCUGCUAGAGGCACGCUUGAGAAGUUGUUGCGACAAGCCCACGAUGAGGGCUGGACGCUGGGGAUCAAGCUAGUCAGAGGAGCGUAUAUCGGAAGCGAAACCCGGACCUUGAUUCACGAUACCAAGACUCAGACAGACGAAUGCUACGACAGCAUAGCCGCAGACUUACUCACAAAGUCCUUCCCUGGCUUUUCCAAGCAAGAUUUUCCAAACGUGGAACUGUUUCUUGCAGGCCAUAACUCAGACUCCAUCCGCAAAGCAUACGCCCUGUAUCAAGGUCUCUUGCAAAAAGGCGAUACACCUCCUCCCAUCAAGUUUGGUCAACUGCUGGGUAUGGCCGACGAUAUCAGUUGCGAAUUGCUAGCCAUGGGCAACAAAAAAGCAGCACAAGCCGAAAGGAACACUGCAGCUCCCAUGGUGUACAAGUGCAUGAAUUGGGGUAGUGUAAGGGAAUGCAUGCACUACCUCGUGCGAAGAGCGACGGAGAAUCAGAGUGCAGCUCAGAGGAUGCAAAGCACUGUAGGCGUCAUGCAAAAGGAACUGCGCAGACGUAUGGGCUUCUAA